AUGAGCAAGCUCCAGGCGUCAAGCGUGCGUAGCUCUAUCCGCCAGGUCCUCCUCGAGUCCUCCCUCGAGGGCCAGAAGCAGGGCCUCGGCAAGAAGCGUAACUUCGUCGAGACCAUCGAGGUCCAGAUCGGCCUCAAGGCCUACGACCCCCAGCGUGACAAGCGUUUCUCGGGUACUAUCAAGCUCCCCCACGUUCCCCGUCCCCGCAUGCAGCUCUGCAUUCUCGCCGACGCCAUGGACGUUGACCGUGCUAAGCAGCUCGACGAGGAGCUUGCCUUCAUGACCGUUGAGGACCUGAAGAAGCUCAACAAGAACAAGAAGCUCGUCAAGAAGCUCGCCGCCAAGUACGACGCUUUCCUUGCUUCCGAGGCUCUCAUCAAGCAGAUUCCUCGUCUCCUCGGUCCUGGUCUCUCCAAGGCCGGCAAGUUCCCCACCCCCGUCUCGCACUCUGAGGACCUCGCCCGCAAGGUCAUCGACGUCAAGUCGACCAUCAAGUUCCAGCUCAAGAAGGUCCUCUGUCUCGCCGUCGCUGUCGGCCACGUCGACAUGCACGAGGACGAGGUCAUGCAGAACACCAUGCUGUCGAUCAACUUCCUCAUCUCGCUCCUCAAGAAGCAGUGGCAGAACAUUGGCUCGCUCCACCUCAAGUCGACCAUGGGCAAGCCUCAGCGUCUCUUCUAA